AUGUGGCGGCAGUCGCUUAUGCGGCUCUGCAAGGGCGCGGCGGCGGCGGCGGCGGCCGGUAAAGCCGGUGGUGGGGGCCGUGCGACGUCGGAGCUUGAGGGGCGGACGGAGGAUAUUUUUUCAAUCCGCAGGGCCCCGAAGAGUUUGUACGAGGACAACAUGCACAGCAACACCCUCACCGACCACCCGCUGACGCACCGCACCAGUCGCGACGAACUCGCGUACCGCAAGCGCAAGCUGACGGAGAGGGGAAACUACGAGCAGGCAGCCAAGGCGGAGGAGGAGGCUGAGCGCCGCGACGGCGAGGGACGUGCAGGGGCGGAGACGCGAGAAUAUUAUAGCGCCAUCUGCUUUGUGGUGCUCGGCUACCUCACCGCACACGGUGUUGUGUUCAAGAGGUUCUACCCGGACGACCUCCGGCCGUAUUACUCGCCGGACCGCGGCUACUCGGACGAUGUCGCGGCACGCCGCCAAGAGCUGGAGGCGGUGGACGAACUUAUAGGCCUCAACGUGAUGGAGAGUAUUUACAGCAAGCGUAAAGACAGCGCCAAGCGGCAACCGGCGUGA